AGGUGGAGGAGGCUAUUGCCGAAAUCUACCUCCAGGUCUUAGAGGAAAACCCUGGACCUCCUCCUCGCUGCCAUGAUUCCGGUUGGUAUCAAGGUAGGGCAAAGCUCAUCGCUUGCGAGGACCAUAGGUCAGCCCAGCUCUACAGGUUCGCCGUUAGCAAGGUAGGUGAGGUUUGGCCGGGAGCCAAACUAGAGGCGGUCAGCAAGGAAGAGAUUCCUAGCAGACCUAGGGCUCGGGUUUGGAUUCCGGCUAAACCAGCCGAGCCUGAAAAAAUAGAGCGGAUCUUUAGAUCCUGCAAUUGGAAGGUGGGGAAGAUCGAAGAGCCGAUAGGAAACAGAAGGCAGGUGUUGCUGAUCCUCAACGCCGAAUCGCUCGCCCCAUUGGCGCAGAAGGAUUGGGAAGUCAGAUUCGGGUUUGUUGACGCAACCGUUCGAAUCUACCGCAGCGACGAACCGGGCUUGGACCUUAAUGAGGAGAGUGAUCAGUCCGGCAUGCGCAGCGGUGGUGAAGAAGGGUUGCCCAGCAGCCAAUGCUCAUCCGACUCAGAGAGGCUAACCGGUUUGGGGCCGCUGUUUUAUGAAGAGGAUCUCCUCGCCGAUGACACCGAGGGUGAGGAGAUCGAGGAGGCGGACGUAGAUGUCACAAUGGUGGAGGUAAAACGGACGUAUUCUUAUGAAGCUGAUCCAGAUCAACCUCCACCAUUCUAAACUCGCGUCCGCGAAUCUUGAGGUCCGCCUGGCUGCCGGUGGACUUGACGUUGCCCUCAUCCAGGAGCCGUGGAUACUCGGCAACAAAAUCUGCGGGCUUGGGGUGAAGGGCUUUAAGCUAAUUGCCGCACAAAAUGCAGCUAAGUGACGGCGAUUUGGUAGCGGCAAGCAUAGAACUGGAUAAAACCAGCUUCUGGGUAGCCUCUGCCUACAUGGCCCAUGACAAGGACGCACCACCAGAGGAGGUUCGGACGUUAGUCAAGGAAGCAGCCUAUAAGAAAAAACAACUGGUUGUCUCCUGCGACGCUAAUGCUCACAAUUCGAUGUGGGGGAGUACGGACACGAACGCUAGAGGUGAGUCGAUACUAGACUUCAUUCUAGGAAAUAAACUUAGUGUCUUGAAUUUAGGCUCAGAGCCGACCUUUAUAACAAAGAGUAGAGAGGAAGUUUUGGACAUAACCCUGACUUCGGACUCGUUUGUCCAUAAAAUCAAGAGAUGGAGAGUACUUAGUGAAAAGUCUUACUCUGACCAUUGUUAUAUUCAAUUCGAAAUAGAUCUUAAGACCCCCCAUGUUAGGGAGUUCAGAAAUGUGCGUAAUACCGACUGGAGGGUUUACAAUAAAAAACUGGGGACUUUAUUGCCAAAGAUACCUCCCCGGGACCCCGCCACGCGGGUGGAAUUGGACGGGUUGGUUAAUCAGGUCACUAAAGCCAUGAAUAGUUCUUUGUCAGCCGGAUGCCCGGUUGUUAGAUACAGGGGGAAAAACAAACCACCUUGGUUGUCAAAACAAUUAUCCUCGUUACGUGAAUCCAAUAGGACAAUGUUCAAUAAGGCCAAAGCCACGAGAACAACAGAGGACUGGGAAGCCUAUAAGGCUGAUUUGAAAAUAUACAAAAAAGCAGUUAGAACUGCGAAACGUAAAUCAUGGCAGAGUUAUUGCAAGGGAAUUGAGGAAACCACGGAAGCGGCCAGAUUAAGAAAAAUUCUUGUAAUGUCGCCAUGCAACCUUGGCUAUCUCAAGGGUCAAGGGAACUCAUGGACUACGACGAGCGUGGAAUCUUUAGGUCUCGUCUGGACACACACUUCCCUGGAAGCAGGUCGAUGGAACUUAACGACCCCAUAAAU